AUGUCCAUUUAUUUGAAUACAAACCAUAGUGUAAAUCCCAAAAAUUCAUAUAACUCUAAAUAUAACUCUAACGCAGCUAGCGUAAAUCCUAAAAAUUCAUAUAACUCUAAAUAUAACUCUAACGCAGCUAGCGUAAAUCCCAAUAUCAAAAAUUCAUAUUCAUAUAACUCUAAUGGAGUAAGCGUAAAUUCAAGUAGCAAAAACUCAUUUAACGAGGUGGUAAAUGAGAGAAAGCGGACAAUUGAGAAUCUCAUGUCAAAAUAUCGAAUGGGUGAACCAUUCGUUACAUCUUCUCAUGAAUUUUACAUGGAAGACUUAGCAUUCAAAGAUGUAAGAUGCUUAGAUGAUUUAAUAAAUAAUUUUUUCGAAAAAUCUUUGUCCUCUGGACUAUCAAUCGAUAAAAAUAUGUUCCGACAAUUGCAAAUGGACUUUGAACAGGACCUUCACCAACAAUACACGUUGUUUUCUCUUUUCGAGGCUGAAACCGCUGGCGAAGAUUGGAAUAAUGUUGAUGUAUUGUCUAAUAAUGUCGAGAUCCCAAUAAAUUUUAUCUCAAACAAACUUACUACUAAUCAUAGUCCUACCGAUGUCAAUUCAAUUUUUUGGGUUCCAAAAGGCGCAACAAAUUGUUCUACAAAAAUUCCAUUCGAAUACGAAAGUUUCCUAUUGAACUUACCUUUUUUAGUGUGGUAUGAAUUUGUAAGGUUAUUCAAACCAUUCGGAAAGAUGCAUUAUUCUAUAAAUGUUUUAAACAAACUGAAGAACCGUAAAACUGGUUCUGAAUUUUAUGACGCAUUUGAAUCAAUAUGCAAAGAAUAUUUAAUGGAUUCCUGUAGGAAUUAUAACGGUCAAGAACUAUGUAAACUUAUACCAUACAAUAAGUUAAUUUGGGAGAUUUCUGAAACAAAUAAAUCUGUAGGAAAACGAAAGCAUAUUUAUUAUUCUGCUGAUGUAACAAUGCGAAAUGGAAAAUUAGAAAUGGAACUCAACCCUCCUAGAUCUUGUCAAUCCAAAAGAUAUUAUAGAAUGCUUUCUUCGGAAAGAUUUUUACACGUAAAGCUCAAUAAAGAAAUUGAUGUAGAAAAAAUAGAUGAUAGAAGAUUUUCUAUGUUAAAAAAUCUUUUAUUACAACCUUUAGAAUUAGCUGGGAGAACUUAUGAGUUCUUGUACGCAAGAGAAGGAACCUUAUACUACUUUGCAACUUAUGGUUCGGGUCUCGAACCUGUAAAAAUUUGGGAGGCAAUUAAUUCUGAUGUUCCGAUAAAUUGUAAUCUUAACAUGACAAUUGCUAAAUUUUAUAGUCGUGUUUCCUUAGGAUUUUCCGAUUCCAAUCCUGCAAUUGUUUUUGAUCAUAAUCAAAUUCGUUAUAAUGAACCAGACGUAGAAAACACCAUAGGUCAAUGUUUAACGGAUGGAUGUGCUGCAAUAUCAUUAGCUGCAAUGCGUGAAAUUGCAAAAAUAAUGGAUUAUAAAGAAACACCAUUAUUUAUACAAGCAAGAAUAGAAAAUGGUGGUGUACCGGUUCAAGUUUUUAUUGAUAUGAUAAAAGAAAAUGUACAAAAAAUUAGAGAUAUGGUAGUUGGUCAAGACGAUCCAACUGUAUUGCGUGCUUGGAUUGCGAAAUCCGAAAAUAUUUUUCAUAGACGUAUUGAAGAACGAAUUAAUAAUAAUGAUUCGGAUGUAAAUGAUUAUGGUAGUAAUAUAAGUGAAGUUAGCACGAAUUCUGGAUUAGGUGGUGUCUCUUUAUCUGGUUUUCCCGAUAGUCCUUCGGAAAUUUGUAUAGAAAUGCUUGACGCUGGGUUUACCCCUUCGACAUGUCCUUUUUUGGCAAAAAAGUUAAAACAUUUACUCAAAGGACAACUAAAGGGUAUGGCUUCCAGAUUCCAUAUAGAAACUCCAUUAUCACGAUCCCUCAUAUGUGUCGCCGACCCAACCAACUCCUUAGAACAAGGGGAAAUUUUUAUUCAAUUAGAUGGUGAAGCUGGUUAUGACGAAAGGGGAAUGCGUUUUGGAAUAAUUGAAGGUGACGUGAUACUAUCUCGUAAUCCGUGUGUUCUCCCAUCGGAUAUACAAAAAGCUCGGGCUGUCAAUAACCCAUUAUUAAGUAAAUAUUAUAAUGUUGUAAUUUUCCCUGUAAAAGCUCAAUCAAGAGAAGGUCCUUUAGCUGCCAAAUUAAGUGGUGGUGACUAUGAUGGUGAUAAAGUAUUUUGUUGUUGGGAUCCACGUAUAACUGAAUUAUUCGAAAAUUCACCCGUUGCCGAAACUUUACCUGAAGUAGAAAAUGCUUUUGAAAAAUGUAAAGAGACAGUGUCUGAAUAUUUGGCUCCUGUCAAAGAGAAUAUUGAACUUUGUGGCAAAAAAAUUCAAGAACUAUUCCUUAAUGAAUAUUUUAGAGAUUUUUUAACACCCCGAGGGUUAUAUGAUUAUUAUCAUAGGUUAUAUUCAUCUCACCAUGGUUUAUCUAAUCCAACAUCUAUUUAUUUAGCACAAGUAGCUGCUAGAUUAUUAGACGCAACCAAACAAGGGGAAACCCUUAAACGCUCUGUGCUUGUGGCUGAUAAAAAAUAUUCUAAAAUACCAAUACCACCCUGGAUGGAUAAAGACAAAACAGAUUCUAAUUUUAAAAGUGUAUGUAUUAUGGAUGACAUUAAACGAGCUGUUCAAGAGGAAAUAGCAUUUGUUAAUUCACCCGAAUUUACUGUUGCUCCUAAUGCUCAACUUGAUGCACCUGACCACCAUAUUCAACAAUUCUGGUUACGCGAAUAUGCAACAGCAAGUAGCAUGGAUGAUGAUAGAUAUAAAAAAGAUUUGGAACUUAUUAUUAGUGUUACUGAUUCCAUUCUUAGAAAAUAUAAUUAUGAUGUUAGAGGAAUAUUAGGUGAAGAUGAAAAAAAGGUUGAUCCUUUGUUUUUAAAUUCAAAUAACCAAGAACCACUUCCGUCAUAUUCAGUUCAUUCAAAAAAUGCAAGAAUAAGAGCUGUAAGUUUUAAAUAUACAGAAGAGUUUACAAAUCUUCCACCCGCAUCAUGUUACCAAAGUGAUAUAUUAAAACAUGUUGAUAGAUCUGAUCUAAAUCAUGAUAUUACUUUAUUUGAAUUGAGAUUAAAAGCUGCAGCAUUAUAUAUACAAGCAUUUACAAAAAAUCCAGAAAGUGAAGGAUGUUGGAAAAUCGCAUUUAGAGUUUUGUGUGGUCUUAAAGCUAGAAUGCUUGAAAGUGAAAAAUCUGAUAUUGUAGGAGGGCCGAGAACAGUUGUUUACGAAGACGUAUCUACAACUAUGUCAACAUCAACAUCAACAUCGCAGCCAUUUGCGGGGCUUGGACUUGAUAGCCUUCCAAUUUCUCAAGAACGUCUGUCACUUUUGAAUCGUUUUAAAAAUGAAAGACUAGGAAAUAUUCGACCCUUGAAUGAAUUUUUUGAUAGAGACAGACUCUCAAAACCCGCUAAUAUGGGAGUCAUUCAUGAUUAUGUUAUCACCCAAAAACAUUUAUAUAUGGGAUUAUUUGGUGUUUCUAUUCCACUUUUGUGGAUAUCUUCGGCCGGUUCUACCAUAUUUUGGAUUGUCGUACUUGGCCAUGCCGCAGUACUUGAACCAGGCGUUGAAGGAGGAUUUGCGGCAAAUGUCUAA